AUGGCUCGCGCCAGCGAGAGAUUACGCAAGAAAGCUGCAGAUAAAACCGAAGUGUUAGAUGUCGAGGCCACCACUUCUGAACCAAACACUCGAGUUGAUCCACCUACCACAUCUACCAAGACCGAUGCUCAGGUCCCCAACCCAUCGACCGUCCGGCCUAAACCCCGACCCAGACAAAAGAAGAGGGGCCCCGACGAAGAACCACCAUUGUACGACGACUACUGGUUCUUCCGCCGCCGAAGUCCCCCACGAAAAGUAUCGCAAGAGCCGCAGCCCUGUCAGCCUGAAGAGACAGAUGAGGUGGACGCUGAAGAGGCCGAUCGAAUGCUCGGUGGGGAAGCUGGUACCUUCGGCGGUGAAACCCAGGAGGACGAAGGGAGUAAUGAGGAAGAAGAAAACACCGUGGACGACGCAGAGGGCGCCAGAGACGAUCAGCCCCCUCAGCCUGCCGGUGAAGACGAAGAAAAUACCGUGGACGACGCAGAGGGCGCCAGAGACGAUCAGCCCCCUCAGCCUGCCGGUGAAGACGAAGAAAAUACUGCGGACGAUGCAGAGGGUCCCAGUGACAAUCAGCCCCUUCAGCCUGCCGAGAAAGACAAAGAAAAUGUCGAGGAUAACGAAGAAGGCGUCGGAGACAGUCGUCGGCCCUCUCAGCCUGCCCCAGAAAAUCGCGAAAAUCACAAAGAACAUGACGAAGACAAUUUGGCCUCUGAACAUGAAGAUUUAGAUGUGCCGAGCGGUAGUGAUUACGAAGCUACAUACGCAGAUGAGCAAAGGAGGAAGAAGUACCGCAAUGAAGUAAGGGGGGCUCAACAUCGCCCAGUCUCUCCUGACAGCGAGGAAGAUGAUGAUAUCGCAUGGAGUGACCCCAACCAAGGCUCGAAGAAACAAAAGAAGACCAAACCCCGUCGCACCAAGGUUGACCACACCAGCACUUCCAAUGCUACCGAUACCAACAAUGCCGCCAGCAUCACCCAAACCACCAGCGCAUCCAAUCCCAACACUGCCCAUACCCGCGCUUGCGAUGGCGGUGCUCCUCCACUCGGCGCUAGCACUUCCCACCGGAAUGCUUCCCACACUCAGGCACCCAACGGCAGUGGCUCGCUGCCCAACAGUACGCCUGGCGUUCCCAAUCUCUUAGACACUAUCCCUCCCCCUUCCGUUGGGACAGUGCACGAACGCAUCCUCAGCUGUCGCGAGGUCGACUGGAACAUCAAAAAAGGUCCCCUUGAUGAGGCGGAGGAAGCACUGCUUGCAGAGUUUGAAGAAGACCUCAUCGAGCGCGUAUGGAACUUGUCUUCAUCCGUCAGAAAACGUCCAGAGUUCCUGUGGGGUCACAUGGGUGUUGACAUGAAGGCUCGCCGCCGAAGGUCAAUCUGGAACAUGUUGCAAAAGUGGUGGUAUGGGACUCAAGAUCGCAUCAUCAAAAAUGCUGAAUUAGUUAACGACCCACAGCUCGCGGCUGCGGAUGAGACCCCUGCCCGAGACAUGGAAACCAAGGAGGAGUUCAAAGCUCGCGCGUCUACGGAGUACUGGCAGCGCUGCGCGAUAUCAUCAGGAAAGACCGAGGAGGAACUUGCUACCAUGACCAAGGAGGAAAUCCAACGCUCGGUCGAUGAGAGUCAUCCCAUCUGGGACGAGAUUCACGCCUAUUAUAAUGACGAUGUCUCCCCGGCACAUCUGCGCACUCAAGACAAGGUCAUCCAGAUGAAGCGUGCCCAGCAGGCGUUUGCCGCUGCGGCGCGUACAUGGCGGCUUGUGACCGGCAUCCACGCUGCCGGCCUCCUAUUCUUCACUGGGCCUGAUCCAGUGGUUCGGUCCCAUUCAUGCAUCUGGUCGGGAGAUGAUCUGGUGGCUGAACUAGCGAAUGAAUACAACGCCGAUGUGCAGGGGAUCUUACACUACGUCGAAACCAUUGUUAGUCACAAGGAACUUUCCGCUGCUCGUCGUCUGGCCCGGCCAAUGCUUGAGGCUCGUCGCCAACACCUUACAGCCCUGCUCGCAAAGCGAGAAACAGAGAAGGAUGGGACCUUCCAACGCCUUGCUCGCUGCUGGACGCUGAUGUUUCAGACACUAUUCAUGUCGCGAUCGCAUUCACGACAGCAUGACCAGUCAUGA